AUGGUUGGGGCCACUGCUAGAAUUUCUACACUCCAAAAAAUAACCAAACACAUACAAUACGCUUGCGAAGACUGGCAUAUUUUAAUUUCCGGCGUCCCCUUUCUCACCACCACUGCGCUUCCUCUUAAACUUUCUGCUUUUGCCCUUCUAAAGCUCGUCUCCCAGUCCGCGCAGUUCCUCGAGCGCAUUGCUCUCCUGGAAACCCAGCUGAACGAGCUCAAACGAGACCAAUACCACCAUGCUCCUGGUGGUCUUCAUUCUGUCGCGGUACAAACGACUCCGGAGUCCCAGACUGGCGCUCUGCCUUCACUGCUGUCUGCACGUGCCCCCUCCUUAAACUCUGGAUCCGAUUCACUGAAGGGCAGGACAGAGGGUGACGAAGAGGGGGAUAUGGACUCCCUCUGUACUGGCUCCAUGUCUCUCCCCUCCCCAUCCACCAGCUCGGGAGCUCUCAAUGUGGAGUUUUGUCCCCCAUCGGGCAUCCCAGCCACUGCCGCCGCCGCCUCGGAGGCCUUCCCUGCUACCGCUACUCUUCGAGCCACCAACAAACAGUCGCCGAACAGCAGUCAACCGCAUAUGCGCACCGUUUCUCUCCCCACUUUUGUGCUGCCAAACCACAGCAGUGGAAGUCUCAGUGGGCAGCAGCAGCAGCGGCCGUCUUUUGACAGUGCAGCCAUCAACAACAACAAUAGCGAUGAAGCCUCCCUACGCGAACGUCUUCUUUUGCACAGAAUCGGCCAGUUGGAACGACAAGUUGCAGAGGCCUCCUUGCGUUGCAGUCUGGCUGCCCGACGUGACAAGCUCGCACGAAAGGCAUCCAACGCUACCACAUCUUCGAUUUCUUCUUCCUCGCGUGCUGUCGAUGUCAGGCACCACCAGCUGCAACAGCAACAAUCCCAUGACCUGUCUGCACAGGACGCUCUUGAAUUUGUAGGCACCGACGCGUCCCAGCUGCCAGCAGUGCUCGAUGCCGACGAGGAGGGUGGGGAAAAUGUGAGCACUCUCCUCUGCGAGGUUCUCCAAUCCCAAUUGGCUCAGUGCAACCGUCAACUUUCCGUCUAUGCUGGGCGGGCUGCCUGCGCCUCUGAGGAGGUGAGGAAUUUAUACGAGCACCUGACUGCCACCCGUGAUCAACUGGAGGCGCAGCGGUUAGCCACGGAGGCGGCCGAACAAAAGUCCCGCGCUCUGGAGGAGGAGUUGGAUACCACUAAGAUGCGUACUGCCCAACAGCUCUCCGAAAUGGCCCUACACAUGGCUCACCUCACCGACGAGAUCAAUAGU